AUGGCCAAAUUCUACGCCACCGCCGCCGUGUUAUUCAUCCUUUUCACCCUCACACUCGCCCGAUCCCCACUCAAACCACUGGAAAAAGAUGGCGACAUCACCUCUGAAUCUCAAUCCCUAUCUCUCGACGACGAGAGCUCCGUUAUUCACGUCCCUAUUUCAAAGAUUCUCAACGCCGGCGAAAGCAACCACCCAAUUGAACCUGAUUCUUUGACCGUUCACUCUGUACCGUUGGAUCUGGCCACCUCUAGAUUCCGUCCGAUCAACCGCCGGUUCUAUUCGAGGACGAAGUAUCCCGUCCACAACUGCCGCCACCACUACCAUCUAAACCGUGACGACUUCUUCAAAAUGAAUUCCAAGGAAAGGAGGGAACGCUUAGAGAUUCCCUACGGUGAUGAUAUGCUCGUUUCCUCCGGUGAAAACAGUGACUUUGAGGAACCACCAACUUCCCGUGGCGUACGGCGGAUUCCCGGCCGGUGGGUGAGACUGCACCACCAACACCAAAACCAAAACGACGACGAAGACGGCAGGGUUACGAGGAUCGUGUUCAAACGUAAGAACGUUGAUCGACUGAACAGAGAAAAGAAGUGGAAGAAACAUUUUGGUGGUGAAAAUGAGAGAGCAAAGGAUGAGAAGAAAACGAAAAGUAAUGGUUUGAUGAAGAGCAUGCGCAAGUUUUUAGAUCUUUAUUUCUAG